UCUGGUGUUGACCGUAGAUCUUUCAAAGGGUAAUUUGUCUGGGAGCAGCCAAUCCAGAUCCUAUCCUUGGCCCAGCCAAUGAGAGCCAGGGGACCCAGCACAUCAGCCUAUCAGAGGCCCAGUAUUCUAAUAAGCCCCAUCUUAUAUCAGAGGGAAUGAAGCUUCCCUUGAAGUUAAACUUGGUGGCUGGCCAGUCUUGGCUUCAGAAUCUCUGGGGCACAGGGAGGUCCGCUAGCCAGGCACCCAAUGGACUUGAGCCGCAGUUCCCUUGGCCAGCAGGAGCUGCUCCAGACUGCCAGCUGCCUCUGUGCCAGCAGGGAGGCUGCCUAGUAGAAGCAGGGUCUCUGUGAGAUGGCACUGCCAAUGUGCCAUGCACUUCUGGGAAUCUAAAAGCUGCAUGAUUGACCCCCCAAACCCCACUAGGCUCAUCUCCCAGCAGGCAGCCUAGCGAUGGACACCAACCUCCAGGGGACAUUCCUUCUCAACAACCCUCCUCUGCCCCCUUUCCCGGAGGUGAAGGCCUCGAUGUGCCAGUAUACAGUGCAAAACUCCUUCUACAAGCUCAGCCCCCCUGGGCUGAGUGCCCAGCUGGCUGCUGGCACACCGCAUGGCAUCAGCGACAUCCUAAGCAGGCCAGUGGCUCCACCGAAUGGGGGCCUUCUCUCGGGCUACUCCCACGUUGGUGGGUUCAAUGGACUGGGCACCCAGAGCCUUUACUACGGGUCUCAAGUGGGGAACUUCUCCAAAGCCGGAAGCGAAUACUCAGCCAGAGGUCGGAACUGCUGGGCAGACACAGGGCAGGAGUGGCAUGGAGGUCGGCCAUGUGGCAACCGGCCCGUGGGCGACAGCCUCCACAAGAAGAAGCACACGCGGCCGACCUUCACGGGCCACCAGAUCUUUGCCCUGGAGAAAACCUUUGAGCAGACCAAGUACCUGGCUGGGCCUGAGCGGGCCAGACUUGCCUAUUCUCUUGGAAUGAGUGAAUCGCAGGUGAAGGUCUGGUUCCAGAACCGGCGCACCAAGUGGCGCAAGAAGAGCGCCCUGGAGCCGUCGUCGUCUUCGCCCCGCGCGGCGGCCGGAGCGGGCGAGCGCCCAGCCUCGGACGAGGACGACGAAUACAACAAGCCUCUGGACCCGGACUCGGACGACGAGAAGAUCCGCCUGCUGCUGCGCAAGCACCGCGCCGCCUUCUCCGUGCUCGGCCUGGGCUCGCCCAGUGGCUGAGCGGCAGCCCA